UUAUAACAGAAGAGUCCAACCAGAAAGUGUCCUGCUGUGUUAGGAACCCGCGUGUCAACCAGGAGAGAGAGUCAGCAAUUUACAUAGCAGAUCUCUUUUUUCCACGGGUCUCUCCCUGGGUGGUGGCUCUGGUAGUGAUCCUGGCUCUUGUGAUUGCCCUGGCCCUCUACUGCAUCUGGACACAACGCAGAGCAAAAGGUAAAGGAACAAGAAGGGAGACUGCAGUGCGCUAGGGAAAGAUUUGCAUCAGCCAUUCCUGGGCAGUCAUCAUCCACAGCCAAUUAUCUCCAGCUGCGAGGAUUGCUGGUGCAUGCAUCAGUGUCAUCCCAAGUGGGAUUUCUGAAAAUGUGUCUCCAGGACUUCUUUCUGAUGACAUGGAACCACACACUGGGUCCAAUGCAAAAUUAGGCAGCGUUCCUGGAACACCUUUGUAUGGCCCUAGCGGAAAGGGAUUCUGCUAACUGAAAUGGAGCAUGAGAAUGAGAGACUGCAAUCUGAACUGGCGAAACAGAAAGAUCUUGAGAUAAAGAUUCAAAUAAAAGCAAGCAAAAGGAUUAUAAUAUGGAGAUAUACCUCUCUCAUAAAACUGGAAGGAUGUUGAAAGAAAAACAUCUUUCAGAGAAAGCGGAAUAUGAGGCAAUGGCAGAACAAACACGUGACAUAACCCAAAGAUUCACAGCCAAACUCCUGGCUGAGAUCAGGUGGAGAAGCGCGCAGCUCUACGCAGUGGAUGUGACUCUGGAUCCCAGCACAGCAAAUCCCUACCUCAUCCUGGCUGAGGAUCGGAAACGUGUGACACGCCGAGACGAGCGCCAGGAUCUGCCUGACAAUCCGGAGAGAUUUGAUACUAUGGCGAUUGUCCUGGGCGCUGAGGGAUUCACGGGCGGGAGACAUUACUGGGAGGUGGAGGUUGGAGGAAAGAAUCUCUGGACUCUGGGGGUCUGUAGGGAAGAUGGGCGCAGGAAGGGGCAUAUACUAUUUCUACCGAAGAAUGGAUACUGGACAAUAUGGCAGCAUGCUGGGCAAUGCGAGGCCAAUGCCUCCCCCCCCGACCUUGCUGUCCGUGAGCGUCAGGCCCAGACGGGUGGGGAUUUUCCGGGACUAUGAGGCGGGCGAGGUCUCCUUUUACAAUGUGACUGACAAGUCCCAUCUCUUCACUUUCACUGACACCUUCUCUGGGGUUCUCCGCCCUUAUUUCAACCCUGAAAACAAUAAAGGGGGCACAAAUAUGUGUCCCCUGAUAAUCUGCCCAGUCCCAGCUCAGGCUGGAGAGAGUCUCUGUCCCGGACAGUGAAACCCACAGCAGAGACUGUCCCCUCCCAGCACUGACCAGCCCCCAGGCGUUUCUCCUGCCAUCCCUCCCCUCUCAGUUCCCAGCAUCAGGAAUAUUGGCAACCAAGCAGCCCUAGAGGGGGGAGCUGGCUGCAGGGGCAGAGGGGUGUGUGGGUGCUGUGCCCAAGAGUGGGGAGGAGGCUGCAGCAGCAGGGAGGGAAAAGCCCAGUUUACAAGAUGUGCAGGGUGGGGGAGAUGAGAGAGGUCUAUAAAAUCAUGACUGGUGUAGAGAAAGUAGAUACAGAAGUGGUGUUUACUACUUCUUCUAACACAAGAACUAGGGGUCACCAAAUCAAAUGAAGAGGCAGCAGGUUUAAAACAAACCAAAGGCAGUAUUUCUUCAUACAACGCACAGUCAACUUGUGGAACUCCUCGCCACAGGAUGUUGUGAAG